ACGUCCUCGUAUAUAAAUCGCGAAAUCCCUUCUCUCUUGUGAGUUGUGAUCCUGUCAUCUCCUUUCCCAGAGCUGCAAGAAGCUGCAAAACGCAAUGCAGGCAGCAGUGCACCUUUGCUGCUCAACCCCACAACCAAUUCCAACCUUCUCGACCCAUUAUUUUCAAUUUCCCAUUUGUCACAUUCACCACAAACACAAGCAGCAGUUUCUGCACCCCGUAAUUCGAUUCCCUCACCCCAAACGCCGAGCAUUUCGGGUCAUUAGGGCGGCCGCUAAAGCUGAUUACUACACUUCUCUGAAUAUUGAUAGAAAUGCUACUUUGGAUCAAAUCAAGAGCUCUUAUCGGAAUCUCGCUCGCAAGUACCAUCCAGACAAAAAUCCUGGUUCAGAGGACAAAUUCAAAGAAAUAAGCGCUGCAUACGAGAUCUUGUCAAAUAAAGAGAAGAGAGCAUUGUACGAUCGUUUUGGUGAAGCUGGUUUGCAUGGAGAGUCGGUGGGCCCAAGCUUUGAUGCCCAAGAAGUGGAUCCUUUUCAAGUAUUCGAUUCAAUAUUUGGUGAAGCAGAUAAUUUUUUUGGAGGUCAAGGCAUGGGUGUCAAUUUUGAAAGGAGAAACAGAGGCAGGCUUAAUCUUGAUAUUUGGUCGGAUCUUAAUUUAACCUUUGAAGAAUCAGUCUUUGGAGGAAAGCAAGAAGUUGAAGUUCCCUGUUUGGAGACAUGUGGUGUAUGUGGUGGUACAGGAGCUAAAUCAACCAAUUGCAUCAAAUCAUGUACUGACUGUGGAGGUAGAGGAAGGGUCAUGAAAAGUCAGAGAACACCAUUUGGUGUAGUUUCUCAGGUGUCUACUUGCCUGAGUUGUGCAGGAGAUGGAAAGGUUGUGACUGAUGAUUGUGCAAAGUGUGGUGGGCUAGGCAGCAUAAGAUCCAAGCGGAGUUUUGAUGUAGUUAUCCCACCAGGUGUAGAUGAUGGGGCCACAAUGCAACUACGAGGAGAGGGUAACUUGGAUAGUAAAAGGGGAAUUCGUGGAGAUCUAUACUUGGUUCUUCGUAUUAAAGGAAAAGAUGGGGUAUGGAGGGAAGGUCUCAAUCUUUUCUCUAGAAUCAGGAUCAGUUAUACUGAGGCGAUAUUAGGGACUAUGAUCAAGGUGGAAACUGUUGAGGGUUCAAAGGAACUGUAUAUUCCUUCUGGAAUUCAGCCUGGAGAUGUCGUAAAAUUACCAUCAAUGGGAGUUCCAAAACCUAAUGAACGCUCUGGAAGAGGUGACCAUGUUUUUAUUGUGGACAUCCAAAUCCCCAAAAGAAUCAGUGACAGAGAAAGAGAGCUGGUUGAAGAGUUGGCUUCUCUCCAGGCACCAUCAUCAGAACACCAUUCACACCAGAAGGGUAAAUCUGGGAGUUCUUUGUUGAAGUCUGUUGGAAAAUUAUUUCGGAGGGGAAGACAGUCUGGAAAUGGUUUUUCAUCUACAACUUUGGAAACGACAUCCACAUUGUGCAAAGGCGGCAAACUUAAUCCUCUUAUUGCAUCUUUAUGGUUUGCUGUAUUUUUGCUUUCCUUCAUUUUCACAGUUAUAAGUAAAAGUAUUUAUAGGAAAUCUAUCCAAGCAAAUUCAACUACUCAAUUUUCAGCAAGUAAACCUGUUAGAAGGAAGCCUUAAAUGUUCUGUUUUGUUACAUGUUGAUCUUUCUGGAAGGACAGCAAGAACUCCCCAAAUCAGUUGUUUCUUUUUACGCGUCGAUGGAAAGAGGAAAAAGUAGGUUGCCUUUGUCCUUUACUUGAUUUCUUUUCUUUUUCUUUGAUUAACUAUACUAUCUCUUGCAUCCAGGAAGCUAGCUCUGAAAGAAUUGUUAAACUUUUAACAGCUAUGCUAUGUGUUUUUUCAGAUGUUAUGUGAUAGCUAUAAAGUGAACAAAAUAUAAUGGUGCCAUGACUGUUAUGCAGUAUGCGCUGCCUGUUUUCGUUCCUAAAUGCUAGCAAUUGUGACC